AUGGAACUGCCUGAACUAUUCAAAAAAUCCGAGAUCACUCAAGCAGCUGGGACAUUUUCACCAGUGAAGUACAUAUUUCGAGUGAAAGCUCGUCCGACAACUGCCACAAUUCCAGAAGAAGAGAAUGGCUCUCUAUCUCUAGCAUCGAACGAAGCAUCAAAAGCGAAAAGCCCGGAGCUUCACUCAUCACACGAAAACGUUACUUCUGAGAGUUCAAUGGACACUACGUCGACGUCGACAAGUCCAACGUCCAGCAGCUCACCGAGAACUGGAGAAACUGUGAGCACCACGACGACGAGCCGAAUGGAGAAUGGCGAGCCACUACCGCGAUUAGCCCCUGGAAUUUACCACAAAAAGCCGGCUCCUAUCCUCGUGGAUACUGCACUUCCUUUCAACGGUGGUGGGACAACUCCAUCGUUACCUCAUCCAUCCGAGUGCACGCCAGUAGAAAUGCGUGGACCACCACCGGCAUGGAUGCCGCCACAUCCACCAGAUCGUGACCAUGAUUACGAGAAUAAUUAUGAAGAUCCCGAAGAUAUCAGGGACCGAGAGUUGUCAUCACGAGAUCUUCUUCUUAGCACCACUAGCACAACGGUACCACCGCCGAAAUAUAAUUCGUACGAAAUGUCAUUGUCACAACAGCGCCGCUCGGGAAUGGUACGUGAACCAUUAGCACCAGCCUUGGACGAUUGGACAUCGUUAGCCGAGGGUCAAACUAUCCUGCACAAAAAUGCCGAUGGAGCAUACUAUAUUCCAAGUGGAUCAGUACGAACGACCACAUCGACAUUGUCACCGUCAUCACAAACCAGAUAUAUGGAGCAAUGCCGUACCGCUAGAUCAACGGACCCAACGACAGCUUUGAUCAAAUAUCCAACUACUGCUUCAAUAGUACAACAACCUACUAAAAGGCGAAGUCCGAAAAAGACGAUACCCGAAAUGAAACCCUCGUCUUAUUCCUCAAGACGGCCGUCCGCUUGUUCAUUAUUUUUAGCAGCAGCUUUACUUAUAGCAUUAAUUAUUAUUAUUUUACUGUUAUUACGAAGUCCUUCAUAUGUGUAUUCACAAUCAACGCCAGUAUCUACCAUGACGGAUAAUCGAAUAUCGAUUGAUGAAACAUCAUUACGGCCACUGCCAUCAGUGAUUAGUCUAGGACAACGUGUAGAAGCUGAUAUCUUGCCACAACAUAUGACAAAUACAGAACUAUUCAUCGCUCGCGCCGGCCGCGUCGCAUUCAACAUUACUGUUGGCGCUGGAGCGCAAAUGGUACUGCUUGGGCGACACUCUGUCGUGCCAUCGCUAUCACUGCAUGAUUUUUAUCAUCCUCUUCGAGCCGACCGACUAGCUCCACCAGCCCCUAGUCAUAGUGUUGAACCUGCUCGACACAAGCGACAGACUCAGGAAAUGAUUGCGCCAAGAUAUGCCAUCUUCGAGCAUUUUUUGAUAGAUGGGAAGUGGUAUCUGAGUGUGAUUAAUGAGAGAAAUAGGGUGGAGCCAAUAAGCCUUGUGGCAUAUGCAGUAGCGUCACCGACAGAAACAUCAGCUGAUGGUACAAAUCCACUCACAGUUCGUUGCGAUGCCGAUUGUAAUGGUCACGGAGAAUGCUUAUCCGGGGGACGAUGUCGAUGUGCACCUGGAUAUACGGGGGACGCAUGUGAAGAACCCAUCUGUCCAGUUGUCUGUAGCGGCAAUGGUGUCUUCUCCGGUGGCAUGUGUGUAUGUAAACCUGGCUUCAAGGGAAAGGAAUGUGAUGUCCAUGCACAUUGGUGUGAGAUUGCGGACUGCAGUGGACACGGACGAUGUGGAGACGAAGGUGUGUGCCACUGUGAACGAGGAUGGACUGGAGACGGAUGUGAAUUGCCUGCUUGCCCGCACCCCACAUGUUCUGACCGAGGUGUUUGUGUGGACGGUCGAUGCUUCUGUAAAGAUGGUUGGCGAGGAGUGGAUUGUGCUAUGCCAAUAGCUGAACCUCCACCUACUCAAGUUGUUGUCGAAAAGACUCCUACCAUAGUGGCAGCCCUAUCACCUGCCAUUGAAAUGGUUCCUGUUACGACCGCAACCGAAAAGCCUCGUCAGGUUAAUCGAGAUCUUGAUCGACAAAAGUUACCUGAGCCUAGCAAGUUUGUCCGCCCACCACCAGAUUGUAGUAAUCAUGGGAAAUUUGUCGCCGGAGUGUGUCGAUGUAGUCAAGGAUGGGAAGGAGAAAAUUGUGAGAAGGUGAUAUGCCCGCCAUGCCAACAUGGUGCAUGCAUGAAUGGACUAUGUGUAUGCGAAACAGGUUGGAGUGGUGAUCUUUGCGAUCAAGCGGAAUGUGCCAUUGGUUGCCUUGAACAUGGAAAAUGUAUGAAGAAUGGGACAUGCGUCUGUGACAAGGGAUGGAACGGGGAGAAUUGUUAUAUGGAAGGCUGUCCUCUUUCCUGCUCUGGCCAUGGUGAAUGCCGUUACAGUCAAGGAAUUGCGGAAGGAUGGCGAUGUGUAUGCCAACCAUCCUAUACGGGUAGUGAUUGUGCUGUACCGAUAGAGAGUGAUUGCCGGGAUGGAUUGGAUAAUGACAAUGAUGGACUCAUUGACUGUGACGAUCCUGAAUGCUGUUCAUCGCCGGAAUGUUCGAGAGAAGCCGUCUGUGCAGCUGUACCGGCGCCAGUGGAUGUGUUGUUAAGGUUGCCUGCUGUACAGAAUGCGAAUUUUUAUCAGCGCGUUUCCUUCAUCAUCAAGAACGACUCCGUGCAAAGUUACUCGGAUCAUUCUCAAUUCAACGAAAGUAUGGUGUCAGUGAUUCGUGGACGAGUUGUAUGGAAUGGUGGAGCUGUAAGCGAUAGUAGUAGCACUGUACCGCUGCCUGGUGUUAGAGUAUCAGAUGCUUCCAAUCCUCUAUAUGGUUUUACUUUGACUCGUCUUGACGGAGAAUUUGAUUUACUCGUGAAUGGUGGCCGUACCGUGAAUUUGCAAUUUUUGCGAAGUCCAUUCCAGCGCAUAAAGCGAAGUGUGUAUGUACCACCGAAUGAGAUCGUGAUUGGGGAUCCGAUUAGGAUGGCCAGAGAUGAGGUCCGCGCACUCCAUGCUCGACCAGAAUGUGCUGUAGCAAACCGAGCCUUACCUUCACCGGUACUUCGACCAGACUGGACCGUAUCCACUGAAGGCAUUCCUUCUGAUAUAGCUGCCCUUUUGGUGGAUACAAGAAGUGUACGACAGAGCUUGGCAUUGCCUGGAUCAUCUGUCCGGCUUAUGUACGAUUCAUCCAGAGUGUCCGCGUCGGACUCCGUGCUUGUGAUGGGUUUACUUCCGGAGAAAUUUGAUCCAGAUCUCAGGAUUGUCCACGUAGUCAUAGAUAUAGCUGGAAGAAAGUUCGAGAAGAAACUUGCUCCUCGUGAAAAUCUCACCUAUAUUUGGUCCUGGGACAAGCUUAAUGUUUAUCGGCAAAGUGAUCAUGGAAUGGUGCCCGCGAACGUCCAUGUCGGAUAUGAAUACCGUGGAUGUGGUCGACCAGCUGAGAUAGCUUGGGUGAAACGUCGAGUUUUCAUGGAAGGCGCUAGAGCACGACGUUUAGAGGGCGGAGCUUGGAGUAUUGAUAUUCAUCAUCAUUUGGAUGCUGUGAACGGCGUGCUUGAAAUGGGGAAUGGUGGGCGAAGAUUUAUCUCGAAUAGUGUGCCAAUGCUAGAAUUGUUUGUUGGAUCGAACAAACGUCGCCAGCUUGAAUGCCAAAAUUGUAAUGGAAUAGCUGCGGAUGCCUCGUUAUUUCGGCCAUCAACUAUGGCUCAUGGCUUAGAUGGCAGCGUGUUCAUAGGUGACCACAACCUAGUGAGACGAGUGAGCCCAGAUGGACAGAUUACUACCGUACUCUCACUAAGCCUACCUGACACAUCUUAUCCGUACUAUUUGGCUGUAAGUCCAGUCGACGGAUCUUUGGCUAUAUCCUUGCCGUUGCACAAGCAGAUUUGGAAGGUUUCGAGCCAUUCACCGACUGAUCCAGCUGCUAACCACGAGGUCCUGGCUGGUGAUGGUACGGCAUGUUCUGCUGCUGCCGAUUCAUGUGGUGACGGUGGUCCUGCAGUAGAUGCCCAGUUGUUCUUCCCGAAAGGAAUUGCCUAUGAUGGAGAGGGAAAUCUCUUCGUGACCGAUGGACGUCGGUUGCGUGUUAUUGACACCUCUGGAACUAUCCGCUCCAUCGGCGACACAUCCUUCGAUAGAGCACCUUCUUGUGACAGAGCGCUAUUUUCCUUGGCAAAGCUUCAGCUCGAGUGGCCCACGUCUCUGACGAUUCAUUUACCCACGGGACAGAUUUUUGUGCUUGACUCGAAUGUAGUGUACCAAGUGGACAGAGAACAAGACACGGCGGAGAUCGUGAUUGGUACUUUGUCAACUUGUCAGAAUGUGUCAUCGCGACAUACGCUACGGAGUGCGCGCGAUAUCGCGGCUGCCACGGAUGGAUCGCUGUUUGUGAUUGAGUCAGAUGGGAAGAAGUUGAACCAGAUUCGCCGCCUAUCCGCCGAUCGGACGAGUUUUCCAGUCUUUGCUGGACAAAAAACAGCUUGUUCGUGUGAUGUCGCAGCUUGCGGAUGCGAUGACAAUGCAUCGCCAUCGGCAGUCGUGUCGUCGAAGGUUGCGCUGUUCAGCUCGCCUGCUUCCGUCAGCGUCGAUGCCGCGGGUCGCGUCUACGUUGCGGACGCGGCGAAUGCGAAAGUAAAGCGAAUUGUGCCGCGAGUCGCGCAGUAUGACUCGGUACUGCGACAGUACACUGUUGUCGAUGCGGACAGAAAUGAGCUGUACUUGUUCAAUCGAUACGGGCUUCACACAUCAACUCAGUCACUGGUUACGGGUGCUGUAUUGUAUAACUUCACUUACAAUGUGGAUACUAGCCUUGGUCGUCUUACGUCAGUUCAUGGCGCUGGUGGUUACCAGUUACGAUUCAUUCGGGCUAACGAAACUCAUUGUACCAUUGAGACCCCAUCAGGGCAACGAACUGUACUGGUGGCUAGCAUUUACGAUGGAGUGAUUGAAAGUGUGCAAACGGGAACUCGUGAACCGAUAAAGCUAAAUUAUCUGUCUGGUGGUCUUUUGGUAUCACGUUCGCAAGGUGGAGCUGCCACAGUGUUCGAAUAUAAUCAGAGAGGCCAAGCGACAGCUAUGCGUAGGGAUGGAGAGGAGUUUCGAAUUGAAGAUGAGCAGGUUUCGUCCGGCCGUGUCUCAACUAAUGUUUUGAGAAAUGGAGUCCAUUUUGCCACUUUCACUUCUCGAGGUCCAGAAGUUGCCUAUGAAGCUAACACGCCUUCUCGUAUCAUCUACAUGGAUGAUGGAUUCUCGGUUACCCACGCUGGUAUGACAUCACUCCUCGACAGCCAAACUCAUCCGGCUCAUGGAGAAACGAGCAUUCUCAAGAUGAAGACCACUAUUGAUGCAAUCCAGAAUCCCACUCGUCGUGCAUUGACUUCGCGAUUUGACUGGCGACCGUUUGUGAAACGUGGCGGUGCCGAACGUCGUAUCGCUGAGGUGAAUGGUGUAAACGCGUUUACGGUAACCUUCGACCGGGUGACACGAAGUGACGUCAUCAGUGCUAAAUCCGAAGAUGAGACAUUGCGUUUGAGCUAUACUGACAGUGGAGAAUUGGAGAGCAUAGCUCAAGAAGGGGUGAUGGAUUUGGAACCAGCCUAUCGCUUAGCAAACUUGAGCAUCCACUACGAUUCGUUGGGUAGAAGAAAUGAGCUGAUUUGGGGUAAUCGUACAACUCAAGUCACUUACGAUCGGCAGAAUCGCAUCGUUGAACGUGCGGUGAAAGGAGGAGUCACCACGAAAUUUGUUUACACAAAAGAGUUACGUCACCCGAGUACUGUAGAGUUGCCAGGAGGGUUGAAAUAUUCGCUGAAGUAUGAUUCUCGCGGACGACUUCGUGAAAUUACUACACCAGCAGCGGAAACUCACCAUUUUUCUGCAACCCCCUUUGGAAGUGGAUUAGUGAUUAAAAGAAGAAUACCAUUUACCAAGAAAGCCUUCGUAGCAGCUGAGGAUAGUGAUGGAAAGCUGUUGGAAUGGGUCACUGCAGACGAACAACAUCAUGUUCUUCGAGAAUACGAUCAAUACGGACGAGUUGUCAGGGAAAUGUGUGAUGGAAGCACGACUAAAUAUGUCUAUCAAGCUGACCAUGCUGUAGCAGUCACGUCACCUGAGCAUACUGUAAAUCUCACAUGGCAGGGACCACUUCUCGUAUCAAGAAGCGAGCGUAGAAUGUCGAAAAAGGGAUGGCGUGAUUCAUCGUUUGCCAUAGAACAUGACGAAUUGCUUAGGCCAACGUCGAUACAAGCGGUGAUAGCUGGUACUGCAGUUGAACCUAUACAGCUCACUUACGAUGAGAAGACCGCUUUUAUGUCAUCGCUAGCUGGUUAUCAAAUACUCCGAGAGUCAACUAUGGUUAGAAUACAAGGAUUCAAGAUGAUGCACGAAACCACGCUUGAUGCUUAUCGACGUCCAACUGCUUUGAAAAUCGUCAUCGGCGACGUUCGCUUGUCGCUAGCGACAGUGCGCGAUUAUGCGGGGCGAGCGACUAUGAACACAUGGCAGACAGUGAAUGGCGAGUUCAAGGAAACAAGGACUUUUGAUGUGCAAGGCAGGCUGGCAACUUGUGAAAUGAACUCGAAGGAGAGGUGGACUUUCUCAUACAACGAUGAUAGCAGACCAUUGCUGGUGAACGAUAUGACCUUUGACUGGAGUUCUGGCGGUGUGCCAAAAAAGAUAGGGAGACUGGAAUAUGCUGUUGAUGGUAAUGGAUGGACUAGCAAAAGAGGAGAUAUAUCGUUUGAGAUGGAUGGAUACGGUAGAUUGGUUGGAGCUCGAGGACCAUCGAUUGAUAUGAAAUUUGACUAUGAUUAUCAAAAUCGGCUGAUUUCAUAUAGGAAUGGAGCGAUCUCCUAUUCACUCUACUACGCUCUAUCACACCUUCCCGGACGAGUUUCCCAUUUCCAAUCGUCGUCUGAUUCCUCUGCCACAGCCAUAUUGUAUACUGAGGAAGGCGUACCAUUUGCAAUGAGCCGAGAUGGUUAUCGUUAUGCGCUAGCCGUAGAUGAUGAAGGCAGUUUGAGAUAUGUUCUAAGCGAAUCCGGUGUUGAUAAGGAGAUUCAUCGUGAUCCAUUUGGACGAGUUAUCGCGGAUACGCAGUCAUCGCAAUGGAUUCCGCUUGGCUUUCGUGGAGGAAUCGACAUUCCCGAACUGUCAGUGACCAUCAUGCCAAACUCCCGACCAUACGAUACUAUGAUCGGCCGAUACAUGUCCUUUGGCCCUUCGCAAAUCCAAAGAAUCAGUUUCAAGGAUAUCAUGCGAUCUGUGGAUCCAUUUUCACUAGAGGAACCUUCAACUGAUCCUUUGAUUCCAACAGAACUCAACGCUUGGUUCCGGUUGGCUGGCUUAUCACCAGCGCUGCUCCCAUCAUCAGAUCUGCAUCUUUCUUGUCAACAUAGUGUUUGCACCCGCUCUCUAGCUUCGUUCCCUUCACGACUACGGGUAUUCUCCCACUUGCCUAGUCUAUCCACUUCUGAGCUACUAGACGAAACAUUUACCUCAAUGUAUCCACUGGAUGAUGUGACUUUUGCUGUAGAAGAUGCUGGAUUUCAUGAACUAUUGGUUUUGGCGCCAAACGGUAAUAAGACCAUAGUCGAAGCGCUACCUGGUUUGAGUUCUAAAGAAUCUGAUAUCAUCAAAAUGAUCAUCGGGCCAGCAAAAGAGACUGGAUGGCGAGCAUUUGGCACCUCUUGGGAACGUCACUUUGUUCGCUCCGACGCCGUGCCACAAUCUCUUACCUCUGCAUCUCUGCCUCACUUCACUCUGGUUGUCUCUCGUAAUUCUGCAGAACUGCGUAAUGGAAAGACUAAAAUCUUUGUGCAUUUUGGUAGCGAUGCGGAAACCGUCAAUAGAGCGUUGAUGGAAGAUUUUCGGCGAAAAGAGGGUCCCGUCGUAUGGCGAGCAGAGCGCAGACGAAUAGAGCGCGGUGAAAGUAGGCAGUCAUGGACGGAGAGAGAGAAACGAGAACUUCUGUCAAAGGGUGCCGUUGCGGGUUAUACUGUAGAAAUGGACGAGUUGUCACGAGCACGAUUCUCAUCUGUGCACAUCUGGCGUUUCGUCAAAAAUACAUAGCCAUGUAGAGAUAUAUUAUCGCCUUUAUUGAUCGAUUUUUUGUUACCAGUUGCCAUAUGUUUAUACUUGUAUACACAUCUACCGCCGCAUUGUCUUUAUUUUAUCUUUCAUCAUCAUUCAUUGCUCCGGGUCCAAUGUAUCAAGCGAUAUCUGUGGAUUUACGUAAUUUCUGUGAGAAGCUCAACUAAGUUGCAGACUAGUUCUGCACAGUUCGACGUAUCUUUACACCUUCGAUGUUUUAUUUUUCUGAUGAUCUACUCAUUCGGUGCUGUUCUGCUUUAUUAGAAGCAUUUAUAGGAAAGUUUUCUUUCAGAAGCCGGCUUUAAGCUGUUAAUACUAUAUGUAAUAAUUAUUACUAAUACAAUCAAUUCUGUGUUAUGAAACGUGUUGUUUGAGCAUUGCAAUCUGUUUUGG